GCGCCACGCCCCGGCGGCGGAGUCAGUGUGGAGCUGACGUCGGCGAAAUGAUAUCGGCUCGCUGCAUUUUCCCUCACAGAAUGGAAGUAGUCGUGGAGCUGAUACGGACUAAACUCGAUUGACUUGCCAGGAUAUUGAACUCGUUGCCCCUUUUUCUCUGUAAUAGACAACCUUAUCAACGAAGCCCAUCUUUGUGGCUGCUGAUCUUCAAGUGACCCCGUAUGGACGAUGAGGAUGAUGAUGUGUUUGAGCAGGACCCCCACUGCUGGCGCACCACAUUCAGGGAGAUAAAGUGUGAAGAGCGGGGCACACAGACACCUGGCCCUGCGCUGGCACCCGACAACGGCAUGCUGCCCUGUGGCGUUGCAGAAGAGCCCAGACCACUCUUCUACGGCAACGCGGGUUUUCGAUUGCACUUCCCGGCACGCUUUGAGCUCGUUGGGGAUCAGGAAGCGAGGAGACAGGAGAGUGAAGGGGAGCCAAACGGCAUGGAGCAGCUUCCCCGGCAGCAGCCUGUGGCCCGCAGCGUGGAGGCCGUUAUUGGCCAGAAACUCCAGCUGAUAGGAGACCAGUUUCACCGGGAACACCUUCAACUGUAUCAUCGAAACCAAAGGAACCAGGGGCGGAGGUGGUGGCGCCUGGCCGCAGCUCUGCUCAGCCUUCUGUUCGACAGGGGGCUCGUUGCUGGAGGAGGGGGAGCAGCACGGAGGUGAGGGGGUCUCCCCAUCUCUCAGAGUAACUGGACUCCUAAUGGCACUGUCAAAUCUAACACGGGUCUGUUUUUGGCGGGGGGAAAAGAAAGGAGACAAAGGGUCACCGCGGGACGGAGACAACCAACUUUUAUACAAGGUUUUUUUCUUUCCAAGAAGAUGCCAUGACGCUCCGAGAUUUCCUCUACAGGACAAUGUUCAUAUUUUGGUAUACGUGUGGUGUAGUGGUUUUGUAUAGUACAUUGUUCUUCUUAAAUUGUUUGCACUUCAACAUGUAUCCAUCUUAAAUGACCUCCACCGACCCUGGGAAUGCCUUAUUCAAUGUCUUCUGCCAGAAUGAGUAUUGAUACAUGUAGAGAUGAGGUGGGAUGAGAUGGUUAGGGAAUGAAGGGGGUUGAAUCUGCUGACAUUUCCCAGGUGACCAGACACGUUGAUUUAACUAAUUUCCAAAGAGGCAACUUCUCAGAACAAAGCAUUUUGCACCUCACCUCAAUGGAACAUUUAUCUUUCUUUAUUUCUUUCUGUUGAUUUUUUGGUUUCUCACUCCAUUUGCUGCAGUAUGUAAUUACUACGUUUCACCCUCAAUUUCAUUUAAAGUAUCGGGAACAACUUUUCUGCUCAUGAAAAGUUUGCACACCUUGUAAUCUAAAUAUCUUUUCUUGAUCAUCAGGGUGGAGUUUGAACAUCAGUGACUGCCUAAACAAGCCUGGUGACACACCAGCACUCAACAGUUAAUAUUGAUAUUAGUAAUUAGGAUUAUUGACACUGGAAACAAAUUCUAAAAAAGCAGUUAGCUGUAAUUCAUCAUUUGUAUGUAUGCUGAGGGAGCAUAUUACAAAUAACCAUGAAACUCCAUGAAAAGAUAUUUCGUCUAAUGUGUGCUGACUUUUGCAAAGAGGAGUAGCCCUUGUGCACUAAAUUAUAACAUUAGAGUUAAGUUGUUUUACUUUCAUACCAGCAAAGUGUUUUUUACCUUAAGUAUAUAGAGACAUUUGGCCAAGUCUACCAUAGUUCUUUUCAUUUAAAUGUCAUCAAGCACUCUUCCCUCAGUUGUUCCCUCAGUUGGAGUUCUCCCUGUGUUUUCUGUGUGUUCUGUUCAUGUGAUUGUUUUCAGACCUCCAUGCCCUUGAAGUGGAGCUCUGGAUCCACUGUUUUUGCACUAGACAACGUACACCCUUCAAGAGUACAGUUGUUACCACGGUAACCUCUGUCCUGUACGAAGGUUUUCAGUUAUGACUGUUUUUUCUUGCCACAACAUUUCAGAUGUAUUCACUCUUUAUGUCCAAGACUAAUAAUCAAUGUUGAGACCGGGCUGAACACAGUCUGGGAUCUGGAUUGGAUUUUGGAUAUUUCACGCAGAAGUGUUUCAGACUACAGUAGAGUUACCUUAGAGCCUCGCAAUUCCAUUGAAAUGUUUCUGUCCUGGUUUGUUUUUCACAGCCUGUGUGUGUUCUGAAGACCAAACCAUACUGCAUAAUCAAUCUGUGAAACAGAUCGUCUCAGGCUACUUUUUAUGAGGUUUUACAUCAUUUUAUACUCUGUGAUAUUGGGUGCUCUUGUUUUGUCUUUGGUGCUCAGAUCCAGACAUGUUUAGCCACUCAUCAGACACAAACACACACGUGAAAAAGACUGUAAUUAUUGUUGAAAUAUGAAUAUGUUUAAAGACACUGUUAAAUAUGCUGUUUGUUAUAUUCUACAUUGCUGAACCCAGGCCAACUUUUGGACCCAAGGAGCAGUACAUAUCAGGGGUCUGUAAUUACUUGCUCCUUAAAAUGUGUCAAGUGUAUCACUGCAUAAUUAGGGUUUCCUCUCAUUCUCAGGGACAGAAUUUGUGGGCUACCAGGGACCUUGAGAAUCUGUCACAUGGUUAGAAAAAGAGCAGUUUCUUCAUCCAUUUGUUUACCAUAAAACCCCUCAAGGUAUCGUCAAGUCCUUUAAUUUUCGUUUCAGUUGUAAAAUUGGCCAAUUUCUCGGCACACACAUAUUGAGGUACAGUUUGACUGAGGAGUGUGAGGCAGACUUGCUGUCUGUGGUGGUCUCGGGGGCUGCUGAGCAUGUAGUAGUAGCGCGUGAGGUGCACUGAGUGUGGUUGUGGUUAUAGUUUCCUGCGGAUCCUGAACGCUGAGCCAGUCCUGCAGCGCCCCGCCCCACCACGGGCUCCUGACUUCCUCUUUGUGCUGCUCCUUCAUUACUUGGCUAAUAUUCAUCAGUUCAUUUUUAUUUGUAAUUUAUUUGGUUUUCCAUUUUAUUUAUUUUGUAUAUUUGCCCAUUUCUACUGUAUACACCUGUGUGUGCAAUUCUUUUUUUGUUUUUGUUUCAGUCUUGGACUUGUAUACGCCUCAGUUGUUUGACUGUGCAGAGCAGAUUGGCCUGCAUUGUACCUGAGGUUGCAUGUGACACUCAACCUUAUUUUUAUUUUUUUUAGUAUUGCUCACCAUAGUAGGCUCUAAGAAGUUUGAAGUUUAUCGUUUUAUGAAGAACAAUAGCCUUGGUCAGUCAGAACUUAAGUUGGUUACAAUGGAUUUCAAUAAUGGCAUGUUCGCACAUCACUGUUAUACCUACCAUAAUGCACCUCUUCUGUCAGAGCUUCACAGCUUUGAAUAGGACCAUUUCUCAUCCAUAUAUCCAGAGUGUAACUGUUGCCAUCAUUGGAAUACAUUCUAACCUACUUUAAUUCCUCAUGACAUCAGCUGCUGAUCUUUAUGAAGAAGAAAACAUCACCUUUCAAGCCUAUAGGACAGGUGUUUGAUACUCUUAAAAAAAGAUUUUUGGGUAGAGUAUUUUACGCAAAAGGUUGGGAUUUUCCAGGGAAGGGCCGUACCAAUUCAGACCUGUUUUAUUACCUUCCACUACCUGAUUUACCAGUCUUAAUACGUAGAUACAUCAAAUGUGGUUCAGAAAAGCAGCAAUUUGCGUUUUCAACAGAAUAUGACCGUUACUUUGUAAUUAAAGAGUUAAUACCCAUCCACCUGAUGCUCAUGACACACAUGACAUUAUAAAUGCUUCCAACACCCAGAAAAAGGUUGCCUUCAUAUUAAGCCACAGGGCGUUUGUUUAUGUGUUCAACUCUUGAUUAUUGUGUUGUAAUCAACAUGCACUGGAAAGUACUUUGUUUCUGUAGAUCCCAUGGGUCCCUUAUCUGUAGUGUGUUAAUGUAUAGAAUAUACUCUGGAUUGUUCCGUUGGGCUUAUCUUGCCAUGUGUCAGACGUAUAUAUCUGUGCAUUGACGAAGUAGGCUCCGAUUGAAGGUCUGUUUGAUUUAUUGGAAAGGGAAACAAGCCACCGUGGUGCCCUGUAUGUUUUUGUUAGAUGAGGUUCCCAAGCUGCACUCAUCACAUUAUACGUGAGUGUGGAGAAUCCCUAGAGUGGGACAUGUAUUUUAUGGAAACCGUCAGUGUCUUGAAUUUUGUAGUCCACUUUAUAUAAAGUUGAAGUUUUUGAGGAAGGUUUUGAUUUUACAUUUUUUUAACAAUAACAUUUCUUUUUCAUGGUCUUUCUUAACUUUUUAAAAUGUAUUUUCUUAAGAAAAAGGGUAUGCUUUUACAAGGACAAUUCAUCGCUUGUGAAAUGAUUUUUUAAACAAGGACAUGGUAGUAUCCUUUUUGAAGUCCAUGAGAUCAAGGGCAUUUUUUUAUAUAAAAAUGAACUUGCAACAUUCCUUGCACAUCUCAUCAUGGUGUAUAAACAAAACCAACAUAAUUCAUGGUUGUGGUUUACUUGGCUCAUGAGCUUUGAAAUGUUUGCCCUUCUUUGAAAAACAGAUAAAGUGUACAUGUAUUUCUAAAAACCCUGGAAUAUGCCUUUAACUGCUCAGUUUCAACAAAGUCUUGAUUAUCACACAUUCUCUGUAUACCAAGAAAAUGAGACCCAGCGAAAAUGUAGCAUUUUUGUAAACAUUGACUGUGUGUUUUCGAGACUCUACUGUGCACUCAUUUUUGUGUUUAUAUAUAUUUUUUGGUUUGUUGAUAUAUGGAAGUAAGGACAAUUUGUUAUGUAGUGCAAUAUGCUGUACAUAUGGAGCUUUGCUCUACAAAUCUUUUUCUGGAUUUCUUGUUGUUUAUUGGUACUUUUUUUCAAUAAAAUUGUAUUGAAGGUG